AUGCAGUCUUGUCUUCACUAUGUCCGAUACUUUGCUGGCCACACGGGUCGUUAUGGAAACGAGUUUCUGGAGUUUGACAUACGAGAUGACGGCACGUUGAAGUAUGGAAAUAACAGCCGUUACCGAAACGAGAAUAUCAUCAAGAAGCAAGCGCGUAUCUCACCUGCCGUUUUGGAGGAGAUCAAACGUCUCAUUAUCCUCUCUGGAAUUCUAGAACGCGACGAUGAAUGUUGGCCACAACCGGACCGGAACGGGCGACAAGAGCUCGAGAUACACCUUGGAGACACCCACAUUUCAUUUGUAACCAACAAAAUAACUUCUUUAAGUGAAGUUGAGAGCCCUGACAAACCCAAGGGACUGGACACCUUCUACUAUUUUGUGCGAGAUAUUAAAGCACUGGUACUUGCGCUUGUUUCGCUGCAUUUUAAAAUCAAGGCGUGGUAG